AAGGAAACGCAUACCCACAGCCUGCCCAGCCCAUCGUCCACGACUGGCGGUAGGCUCGGCUGCUGCUCUGCACCGCGUUCCCCCACCCGGAGCCCUUCCCAAUCUCUGCUCUCCCCGCCCACCGCAGCCGCUACUCGGAGACCAGCUGCUGGGGCGGGGCCAGUCUCUAUAAAGAGGGUGGCUGCUGGUGUUUUUCUCCCCAGGCCGCGAUCCAGGGAGGGCUGACGAGCAGGAGUCAUGGGGACCUACGUGGAGCUGAACACUAAGGCAAAGAUGCCCAUCCUGGGGCUUGGCACCGGGCAGUCUCCACCAGGAAAAGUAAAGGAUGCAGUGAAGGCUGCCAUUGACAUUGGAUACCGCCACUUUGACUGUGCCUACGUGUACCAGAAUGAGAAUGAAGUAGGGGAUGGGAUCCAGCAGAUAAUCAAAGAAGGGGUUGUGAAACGAGAGGACCUCUUUGUCGUCAGUAAGCUGUGGUCCACAUUCCAUGAGAAAUCUCUGGUGAAGGGAGCAUGCCAGAAAACUCUUGAUGCAUUGAAACUGAAUUACCUGGAUCUAUAUCUCAUUCACUGGCCUUUGGGAUUGAAGGUACUGUGGUGUUUUAAUACUUUUGUUUUUUCCUGACAGAUUCUGGAGAAGUACUGUCCUCCUGAUAAGCUAUCCUGUUACAGCCCCAACCCUCUUACCCUCAAGGAGGAUACCACCUCCAGGGUAUCUCAGCAUCACUCUUCUUGUGCUGCUUAUUCAGCUUUACUGAAUGGGUGUGCAAACAAGGCUUUCAUCCCUGAAGCUGAGCAUGCUGCUUCUACCACAUUCCUUGCCCCUGUUGAUCCAAGGAGAGAUGAAUCUCGGAUCAAAUCCAGGUUUCCCAUUUGACAGGGCAGUUUAUACCUUUAACCAUUU